UAAAUACGCAUAUAUAUUUGACCAUUUAUUACUUGAUAUCGUUUUAGAAUUUAUCUAGUGAAGGUUGUCAAACGUCCCUGUUUCUGGCCUGAGGUAGGCGGGUUUUCGAUUUCCUUCGGCGUGAGUCAUGGGCUUUCAAAAUUUCAGAGGGAGAGGAGGUGGUUCACGUGGUUCCCAGGGUGGUUUUCGAAGAGGCUCCAGGGGAGGAGGAUUUUCUGAUAAGUUUCAAAGUGGUCCACCUGAAGAGGUUGUCGAAGUUGGAGUAUUCGCUCAUCCAUGUCAAGAAGAUAUUGUCUGUAAAAUCACAUCGGAAAAAAUACCUUACUCAAAUGCUUCUGUUUAUUUGGCGAACAAAGAAGAAAUAGGCAAAGUCGAUGAAGUUUUUGGCCCAAUUAAAGAUGCAUACUUUUCAAUCAAACUUUCAGAUACACUUAAAAGUAAAUCUUUUCAAGAAGGUGUUAAGUUUUUUAUGGAUCCUGCCAAGUUUCUCACACUUGAUCGCGUGAUGAACCCAAAUUCUAGUAGAGGGAAAAGAGGUGGUCGUGGUCGUGGUGAUCAAAGAGGUGGUCGGGGCGGACAUGAUUUUUCACGUGGUCGAGGAAGGGGGGAUUCUCGGGGUGGUCGUGGCGAUUUCCGAGGAGGACGUGGUGGUUCUCGUGGACGGUGGAGUGAUGGAGGUGGUCACAGUAAUCGAGGCGGAUUUCGUGGUGGGAGGGAAAUGAAUGGUCAGCGUGGUGGUGAACGUCAUUCAUUCGGCGGAAAGCGGGGCGCAAAUUUUUCUGCAUCUAAUACACCACAAAGUAAAAAAUUCAAAUCAGAAGACUAAUUCACUGUUUUUGUAUGAUAAAACUUUUACCUGCACUGCUUUUCUUUUAUUCCAAAUCUCGUUCUUUUGCUACAGGUCACUUAUUUAAGAUCACUUUUUCCUCUUGCUGGGCUACUAUGUCUCUAUCCUUGAACUGGUCGGGAUUUCUAUGUUUAUGGUUUUCAAAAAGCAUUUCCUAAACCUCCAACCUAAUUUCGUCAAGUUAUUUAUGGUAAAACCUAGUCAUCCUACAAUGAGUACAUAUUUACUGAUUAUCAAAAUUGAUUGUUGCAGACAAAGUUUGUUUGCUUGUUUAUUAAUUCUGUUUAAAGGUCCUGGAACGAUGAAAAGGGUCCUAUUCCUAGCCUAUUUCCAUAGUACCUCAACAAGCUGAUUUUUUUUUAACAGAAGUAGGUCAGUUCAACUUCAUACAUAGGUUAAUGUAUCAGACAGAUUGCUUUCUCUCCCAAUUAACUCUUAUUAAUGCCAAGAAAAUAAUUAUUAGUUAGUCGGAGGGUUUUUGUGUGUUGGCCUUGUGGUUAAAACGUGCAAGGUACGAUUAUUAAGUCUCAGUUUUCAGUCUCACUCCACCUUCGGUUUAGUUUCCUAAUUCUAUCACACUAAAUUGUGGCUCUAAACCUGCAAACCGAACCUUUAUUUGGUUAGUGAGUAACAAUUUAUCAGUUCGUGAUAACUUCUGAGAUGAUUGUUCGGUGGUCGUCACUGUAUAAAUUCUCAUAGUAGUUAUGUUCUCGGUAUAAAAACCUCUUCCGGAAGUUACCUCAAUUUAAUGCAUACGAAUUCGUUCUCCAUUUUCAUGACCCCUAAGAGUGGUGUCUCUCAUUCCAAGCUUAGCGAUUAGUCUAGUGUUCCAGUUUGGCUGAGUUUAAUAAAUCGGAAAUCAGCGAUUUAGUUUAUUGAUAACAUGGUUUUAAUAGGCUUCGUAAUUGGUAUUACGUAACGUUCCUUUUGCUUUAUUUUUGAAAAAAUCAAAAUUUAUAUGCAGUAGAGAAUUCGGUUUAACGCACUCAACUUAUUUGCAAGUGGUAACCGAGGCAACCCGAAAUAUCAGAUAUGGUUUGUGAUUGUUUAUAUUUUCAUCUACAUUGCCACGCCUCGAAAAUGACAAAAGGUUAUUCAUUAUUAUUUAUAAAUGUCUACGAGAAAUAUCAAUAUUAUUACAGUUCCACCAGGUAAAACCCUCUUACUAUUUGGCCUACUUUCCUACCCAAAUUUUUAUCCGUUUUCCACUAUUUUGUCUUAAUUCGUUCAACGUUAAUAGGCAGAAACUCUAAAUAUUAAAGAAUCAACAAAACGUUAAGAGCUCCUUUACAUCAUGUAACAAUAAUACUAACUUGCUAUUAUUACAGUAAUGGGGUAAUCAGCCAUUCAGAAAAUAGCCUUACAAUAAAUUACUGUAUUAUCAAUAAAUGGUCAUUUUUGGUACAAUUCAAUUGCAUCCACUCUUCAGUUAAAGAGGAACAAUUAAUAACUUCUUGUCUAGAUGUUAUUUCCUAAUUUACCUUAAAUAUAUUGAGAAUCGGGAGGUAUUGAACAGAUACUUCGCCCACACAUAGGACUUCUCAACAGUAUGCAUUCACUCUCUUGCCGAAGAUAAAACUUCUGGGAUAAUCUUAAGCCUUAAGUAUUAUUGCGUUGUUAUCUAAUGAUUGUAGACCGACAUCAUCAAAAUGUCGCCGGUUUCAACAAAACAGCUAUCCAUUGCUUAUUGACGUCCAAUGAUUGUGUAGAUGUAAACAGUCCUUCAUAUAAACUAAGGAUUGGACAAUUCUCAAACUUUUUAUACCAGUAGUGUUCGCUUUUUUAGUCUCGAUCUGUUUAGGUUAAAAAUGAAAUGCCGAUUACGGCAAUGUAGUGUUUCUUGUUGGAUUAUGUUCCUGUUGUUCACGAGAUAUUAAGCAUGUUACCAAGCUCAGUGGUGCUCUUGUCAUAAUGCUUGCGUACCCUCCCAAUCUGGUUUUAUGCGCCAUUCUCAUAGGCUUUGUAAACCUAUUAAUAACCAUUCGUUGCUCGCUUAGUGCAAUCUUUUAUGAAUCGUGUCAGUUAGUCUAAGUUUUAUCGUUUGGACUAGCUAGAUUUAGAUACAAUGGUCAUUAGUCUGUGUUCUAAGAAUCAAAACCGAAGCUUGUUCACCACAUGAACAAAACAGAGGAAAUCUACCUGAAAAUUUGUUUGACCUCAAGUCUAUGUAUAGCUACAUUAGCUCUUGGUACCACGACGUUAGGAAAUCGUCUUAAUGUAAGAAAAAGUAAGUUCUGUGGUACUGU